AUGACAGGCACAGAUGGUACAGUAUCCUUCCCAGACCUUGGCGUAGAAUUCGCUUCUGGCUGCACCAACUUUGCGCACGCAAAGCACCAGCAUUGCUCUGCAUGCCGCCACUUGCCCGAACAUGACCACCUCAUUGCCGAUCAGCUUUCCGUGCUUGGCACAGAAGAGCGCGAGGAUGCUGACGGCCAAGGCCUUGAGAUCAUGUACGUCGUGCAAUGCAAAGAUCCUUCUGAUGCCUCGCAGGUAGUGGAAUUGCUUCUGCCGCGCCAAGAGGUGCGAAAAGAUUUGCUCCUGACCUUUGAAAGAGGGCUUUUGCCACAAAAGACAGAUCAUCGCAACAAAAAAGCUGCAAAAGCCAAGGGCUCGAGACAAAAAGCUCGGUGGCUGCGAAAAAACGAUGCAUCUUGUUCAAGCAUUCUGGCGCCCAAGAAGGCGCGUGUCAAGAAGAAGCCACGUUUGCCUGCCAAGCCUGCCAAGUUAGAGCCCACUGAGUGCACAGUCGACAAAGAUACCCACCGCCGCCGCCGAACCACAGGAGGCAUUUUGACUUGUGUGCUUAGUUGCGGAUUGUUGGCCGACUUCAUCGAGAUGUGGCGUGGGGAGCAAAUGGAAUUAGUGUACGUCUUUCUCCUUCAGUUUCUCAAAGACAUGCAGACGCGUGGGGUUUCCAUUUCUUGCGUUGCCUAUGAUAAUGCUUGCAAGCUGUGGAAAACAGUGCAAGAGAAGAAGGAUAGCAGGCCGCCAUGGUCUACCAACUUUUCACAAAUUGGGCUGGUUCUGGACCACUUCCACAAGCGCAAUCAUACGUGGUGCUUGAAGAAUCUUCCCCAGACAAACCCGGACACACCGCAAAAUGCGGCGCUGCUGAAAAACAAAAACACUGAAGCGUGCGAACAGCUGAACAGCUGGAUCACAGGAAGAACCAAAUCCAGCUUGGAGAUGCCACCUGGUCGCUUUGCCAUUUAUUGGCGCACCUUGUUCCAGCAGCACAAUGUUUGGUUGGAGGCAGAGGCUGACUGCUUGCGAAGACGAUUUGCCAAAGGCAAGAUGCAGCAUGUUUUCAUUGUGCACGACCAGCGGCCGCACCUGGGCGCCGUUGAGCAGUACAUGGUCCAAGCCCAAGGUGCGACAGCAAAGCCUCUGGCUUGGUUUCAGUUGGCGGACGAGAAGGCAGCCCACUUGGAGUUGCUGGCUGCAUUAAGAUGUGAAGGGUUGAAGUGUUUGAUGCACGGUGCGCUGAUGCUGACAGAAUGCAGCACUGUCGCAAGGCAUCCAAGGUUUCUGUCUCGGUGCACGCAUUGUAAGAUGUCCCCACUUCGACACUUCCUCUGCUUGGCUUUGGUUUGUGGAGCACGUGCUGCGAAAAGAGGGAAAUACACGCCAGCGAUGCCUGAGGAGCGCACCAUGAAUGGCAAAGAUGUGCGCCAAGCCACAAAGCUCUUAGAGACCAUGUGCCCUUUCCCUUCCGAGACUAUGGCCCAAACUGUGCCCUGUUCUUGGCAGUUCGCUGGGGCCCUAGCGCGGGCCACGAGCUUGCAUCAGAGCUGCGCCUUUGUGCACCUUCUCAUCAUGUUGUCACUGGUCCUGAACGCCGUUCAAGUCCGUUUUGGAGGCAUCUUAGGAAAGUUCCCCAACAUCCUGAUGCUUCAGCAUGGUGAACCUGGGGAUGGCAAAUCCAUUGCCCUGUGGCUGGUCCUUCAAGUUUUGUACUACUUCGACACCAUCAAAAGCAAGCAUGAUGCUGCCAGGCAUCGCAUCGACUCGCGCCGCUAUGAAGAAGCAAAGCGGGCUUACGAAGGAGCGCUUGCAAUCAAUGACCCUGAAGCUGAAGAGCCAGUUCCACCAACCAAGCCAGAAAAACGAGAUUCUGUGCAGAACAAAGGAACUUUCUAUGGAUUGGGAUGCCUCCUCGAGAAGCAAGGUGGGCGUGCAUUCCUGGCCUUGCAUGAAGGCAAGUCUUGGCUUUCUGAAGCGUUCGAACAUGCCAAAGGCGGAGGCUUGGAGGAUUUGAACCAAAUUCUCGACCACGACAUCUACAAGAACAACCCCGCCACAGGACAGUCUCGCUUUCAUGUGCGAAACCCGCAUGUUGUGGGCGCUGUCCUGAUGCACCUCGAAGAGUUGCUGGACAUUGGGAAGAAAGGCGACAGCGUUGCGGGACUCCCACGCUUCUUGAUCGGUCAUUUCUUAUCAGUCUGCAGCAAGGUCUGCCCAGAGAACUUGUCUGCCCAGGAAAUGCAAAACUUGCUCCUCGAAGACCCCAAUUAUUUCAAUGACCUUUCUUAUGAUGAGAUUGUCAAGGCUGCAACCAACUUGCUCUUGCUUGCUGAUGCGGCUUUUCCUUAUCAGCGUCGGAGAGACGAUGAAGUAGGGCCUGCCGCAAGCAGGUACUCCGAGAUCCGAGGAAUUCACACCAUGGAGUUUGCAGAGGGCGUUGUUAGCAGUUUCCAACAAGACUUCAAUGAGAUGGUGGAUGAUUACCGUAAGGCCAAGAAAGCAGGCGAUGCCAAGGCAGCACUUCUCAGCAAAGACAAGACCAGGCCCCUUCAGUUCAUCCCAGGCAUCCACAUCUUUGAGCAAGGCUUGCUCCACCUCUUGUCCUUGGCAAGCGUCCCCGCUGAUCAAUGGCAGAACCUUUCCCCAGAAGACAUGGUGCGGAAAGUGGCCGCGGUAAAUCCAGAUGUUUUCUUCAGUGAUUUUCUGCCAAGCUCCGUGCCUCCAUGUGCUACCCAGCAAUCCGUUGAUGCAGCAUUCUCUCUUUCCAGGUGGUUCCAAUCCGUCUACCACUUCAGCACGAACGCUGCUCAAAAGCUGGACGAAUUUCGAAAAGACCGUCUUAUUAAGACGGACUUGCCGCAGCCGAGCGCCCAAGCAUUUGCUGAGAAGCUGCAAAAGGCGGCUGCUGCCACAUUGAUUGACCCCGGCAACACCUUUCUGACCAUGGACAGGGUUACCUACAAACGCUUUGUCUUCGAUGCCAGCAACACGGAUGCCGAAGUCUAUGCCAAGCACUGCGACCUCAUCCUUCUCGCCCUGAUUGGCUUCAUUGCCAUCGGCCAUGGAAACUGGGCAAAGGUAAAGUACGCAGAAGAUGAUCCCAACUUCAUGUUGGCGGCCAACCGGCUGCAACUGUUCUCCCCAGAAGUCUCUUUUCAGGAGUUGCGCGCUGCCGUUCCUUUCAAUGAAGGGCCCCUUCCCAACCUUGACCAGGACAAUGCAGACACUGUGUGUCAAGCAUUGGUCAAACUUCUGAAAGGCUUCCCGAUUGCCAUUGACAAGCUGCCUGACAUUCAGGCUCUUGCUGUGCACGCCGACAUUCCGCCUUCGCAACCUGAUCCUGGUGCAUCACAAGCUGUCGCAACUUCUCCGCACAAGAAGCCGGAAGAACAGCAUGUGUUGACACAGGUUGCUCUUGGAAAUCCUGAGGCCAGUGAUGAUGAGCCGCCGGCGAAGCGGCUGAAAGACGAACCUCUCCAAGUCGCUGACCUGCGCAAUCACAAAGACACGAUGACGAAGAUGCUGGCUUGGAUCCUCAAGCAGAAGAACCAUUCUAUGCCGCAAUGGCGCUUGAAUGAAAAAGUGCGAGAGGUUCAUCCAACAACAGAAAAAUCCUAUGUGCUGGCUGCCAAAGUCACAAAGCUUUUGAUUUCAGCUACGCUAGCUGUGCCGACGCCAAACAAAACCAACAGCUUUGACCUUGUGAAGGUUCCUCAGGAAGAUCGCGAUUCCAUCGUCAUUGAGUUGGAGAAGGUUGGCAUCUUGAAGCCUGGAGACAAGCAGAAGGUCACAGUGCAGUUGGGAAAAAGAGACACUGCAGCAGUUUUUGAAGAGUGUAAGUUCCAGGAGUGCAUGGCAUUGUGUGCUGAAGGCUUCAAAGGCCACUUCAAAGGGCCACCGCCCUAUGCUGCUGGGCUCACAUUCUGGCUGGAGCUAACAAGGUGGAUUACUACUCUAACUCGUGACUACUACAUGUUCCUCUCAUGGCGCAUUGCUAUGUGUCUCCCCUUGGGGCACUGCGUGGUCAUGGAACUGCAACAUCAGCAGCAUCAGCAGCAUCAGCAUCAGCUCAGCGUGGGACUUCAGCCCUACCAAGAGACGAUGACGCGAGUGGCGCAGGAAAUCAGUGCCGGGCUGGAGAUGUUGGCACCGCUGAGCAGAGGGAUUGCAAUCCUUGGCUUCAUUGCGCUCCUGGCGGUGGCCUUUGCAUUUUGCCUCUUUGGUUUGCCAAAGAAAACACCGCAACAUGAAAGUGUGAAGGAUGGCUGUCCUGAGACUUGGGUGAUUUACCUGGGAUUGAUCUACACCUUCACUUACUUCACCACGGAUCAGUAUACUCCCAGCCUGCCACAGAUGGGCAUCGAUCUGCUUGCGCCGCAAGGGCUUAUGAGCGCCUCGAUCCAAAUGAAUUUCGUGGUGAAAGCUAUUGCUGGGAUCUUGACCGCCAGCCUGUCAGAUCGUAUUGGGCGAAGACCAGUGAUCUUGUUCUGCUUGUCGUUGCUGAGCGCAGCCAGUCUAUGCUGCGCCUGCGCAGAUCACAUCGAGUGGUUCCUGCUGGGUCGACUGCUUCAAGGCCUCGGCGAGUCGAUUGAGCCGGUCAUCUUUGCCAUGGCCAGGGAUUACUUUCCGGAGGCAGGCGAUCGCUUCACCAUCAUCGCCUUACUGCAGCUGAUGUCCACCUUUGGAGAACUGGUGGCGCCCGUGUUUGGAGGAUUCAGUGCUCAGCUUUUCUCUUGGAGAUUUUCGUUUCUGAUUCUGGCGCUUCUCUGGGGCUUCAUGGCAAUUUAUGCUGCACUGCGUUCAGUGGAAAGCUGUCCCGAUGGAGAACAGCAAAGUUAUUGGGGCAGUUGGAAACAAUUCUUGAACUUGCACCUGGGUUUUUUGUUGCUCACUGAAGCCUGCAACAUGGCUGCGUACAUGGUCUUUUUCACCAACAUCAGCUACGUAGUGCAUUCCUUUCACGGGUCGACCAUGCUUUGUUCCGGCAUUUUGCUGACCUAUUGCGCCGCGAACACCUUGGGGCUCCUGGUGAUGGAGCGACUCAAGGGUAGCGUGCUGGUCAAAGCAAAGAUUACGGUGACCUGCUAUGCUUCGAGCGGUAUUGUCCUCUUGCUGUUGGGUGCCUUUCGGUACGAGCAGCUCUGGGCCUACUGCGCUGGAGCCUUUUUGUCGGCCUGGCCAAGUAUCGGGAUGUUGGUCUCGGUGAAUGUGCUCUACUUCGAGCCCUUGAAAGAUAACGCAGGUCUCGCGGCAUCACUGGAGAUCUUGGCCAAGAGCGUGCCACCGUCCCUGUACUCUGUCUGGUCGACGCAGGCUUUGAUUCAUUCAGGUGUUCGUGGCGUCAUGGAGUUUCAGGCUGCUGCCGUCAUUUGCAGUGGCCUGGUCUUUUGGUGCUACGCUGUCUCUCCACCCAGCUGGACGUUGGAAGAGGCCCCUGCCGAGGCGAAUCAAGAACCAACGAAGGACUCGAAGGCUUUGACUGGCAGCGUGUAG